AACUAUCUGAGAGUAUAUAAGGAUGAGAAGGAAGUUCAAGACCUCUGGAGACGGCAUAUGAUAUUCAUCGCUAACUUUCCCGAAUACUUCCCAAACGGUGUCUGUAAUAAGAAAUACGAGACAAUCAAGUGCCGAAUACUUAUAGUUCAUGGCGAUAAGGAUCCGUUGGUUGAAAUGAAACAUCCCUUACAUCUGAUGGAAAAUAUCAAAACGGCUGAACUUAAACGAUUCCCAUUGGGUUCCCAUAAUUUACAUCGAGUUUACACAAAGGAAUUCAAGACAGUUGUCGAGGACUUCUUUCUUAAUACAUGUUUUUAACUAAAUUUUUUAUAAAAGUUAAAAUUUUUAAACUCAAAUCUAUGUUUUAAUUAUGUUAUGAGUUUGAACAUUUAAUUAUUCGCCAACUUAAAUAUCAUUUGAAAUUAAAUUUAAAAUUAGCU